AUGUCAGAAUCCGAGACAGAUGUUUCUGUUGAAUUUCUUGAGGAGAAAACCGUGAGUAAUGACCAUCAUAUUAUCAACCUAGAUAGUGACGAGGAUUCUGCUGAGGAAAAAGCUAAAUUUCAGACAUCUCGAUUGAAGCGAAACACCUCAAAACGUGAUGCGGAGGAAAUCACCGCAGAUGCAGAAGCUCAUGGGCUGAAGAGGCCGAAGUUACGCUGUUCUGCCGAAGGCAGGCAAGAAAUUCCAAGAUUUCAAUCUCCAAUUAGACUGAUCUCCAACGCUCCAUACUGCAAGAGUUUUCCACCAUCAUCUAACAAGGAUACCGUUACUUUGUUUGAUUUGGUGGGUUCCAGAAUACUCGAAAGCAGCUACCAGUUUAAUAUGCUUAUAGACUGUGAGUUUUUGCUACCUUUCUUCAAGGCGGAUCCGUUGAAUUUUGAGCUUAUUCUCAUUGGCGUGCAAUCCAAUAUUGCAAUUGAAGAGGUUCACCGUCUUCAGUAUCGGAUAAAAACAGUUGAUGUUUCUCCCAAGUUGCCUAACUGGGGAACUCACCAUUCGAAAUUGAUGAUCAAUUUCUUCCAUGAUGAUACAUGUCAAAUCGUCAUCCACACGAUGAAUCUAACUCACACAGACUAUCUGGCUCAAACCCAAAUGUGCUGGAUAUCCCCUAGAUUAAGAAAAUUGAAUUCUCAUGCCCGCACACAUGAGAAGAAAAAGAAUUUUGAUCCUAUCUGUGAUGUUGGCUUAGUUUUCAAAAGGGAUUUUCUACGAUACCUUUACACAUACGAAAACUCUGUGGUUUCCUCAUUAGUCGAACAAUUGAAAGCAUUUGAUUUCUGUCCCAUUGACGUCGCCUUUGUUUGUUCAAGCCCGGGACGUUAUGAGUUCGACUUGAAUGACCACGCGAAAACAGAUUCAGAUGAUAUGGAUGACAGACAGUUGUAUGGUUAUGGGAAUUUGCGCCAAAUCCUAAACCGCUAUAAACUGACUACUCCAAACGACGCAAAACUUAUAAUGCAAGUCUCCUCGAUCAGUGCACCACUUGAUAAUAGGCAUACAAACAUUGGUACACACGUUUUGUCGAGCAUUGUAGAAGGGUCCCAAGCAAUCGUUAAGCAACCAAACCAUAAGUUUGGAGGAGGAACUGGGGUUGAGAUAAAUAUUAUCUGGCCGACAGAGGAGGAGAUUAUGAAUGCACAUUAUGGCCACAUAUCAGGACACGCAGUAAUGUUCAAAUCUAGAGCAACCAACGGCUGGCGCGCUUAUGAAGAUCAAGCUAGAUUUCUAAGAUCAUUUUUCUAUAGAUGGUCCUCCAGACCGUCCUCUCAAUCUGUUGCAGGAAGAAGUAAUUUAUCGCCACAUGUCAAAUCUUACUGUGUGACGAAAAAUGACUUCGAGACAUUGGAGUGGUUUCUUUUAACUUCAGCCAAUCUUUCGAAACAAGCAUGGGGUGCACCUGCCCGUGGAUUUGGAGCAGUUUUUCAAAGCGAAACACAGACCAAGCAUGUCUACACAGUAAAGUCUUUCGAAGCAGGUGUCCUUGUCAUUCCUGCAUGCAUAAAGACAAAAUUCAAGAUAGACAAAUCGUUUGCGCUGACUCCCGUACAAGGAACAGACUUUUAUGAAGGCGUGAAUGAUGACACUGUACACUAUCCAAUUAGACUACCUUAUGAUACUCCUUUAAAAAAGUACUCUGAUAAUGAUCGUCCAUGGACGACAGAAAAAUUGGAGCAGAUUUAUAAUACAACAUAG